AUGCGUCUUUUCGCUAUUGGGACGAUUCUCUCAAUUGGCAUCGGUGUUGAGGCAUUGCAUUAUCCAGAAUCUGUCCCUUUGCACCGACGCCAGGACCCAGGCACUCCGGAAUAUGACUGCCAUGCUAAUUGUGGCGGUGUUAUUGUUGCCAGCCGCAGCGAUGGCUACUGCAGUUCCGACACAUUCAAAUCCGAGCUGAAAGAUUGUCUGGGUUGUGCCUUGAAGUACAAUAUUUGGCAAUACUACGGUGAUUCGGUAUCCAAGGCUGCCACCGCCUACUACAAGCGCAAACCAGGCAGCGAGUGGAGGAAGCUCAGUUAUAUCGCCGACUACAGCGGUGGCUACUGCGAGUUCGACCGCCUUGUCUUCGAGUCAAUCUGCCCCGUCGCCGUAUUCUACAGCAAUGUCGAAUUUGGUAUCGUUUCCUUCGCUGAGGAGAAAUCAGUCGAGAGUGCUAACCUAUAG